UCCAAUGUACAGUUUGUGCUAUGUGUGAACUAGAAGCAAAUAAAUGAGUGCAUCCACAACAGCGAGUAUGUUUAGUAAACAACAACUUAAGAGAAAGGAAACAUUUGCCGGGAGGAUUCGAACCCGCAUCUCCUCCUUCCCAUCGAGUCGACCUAACCAGCAGCACCAGCUGCCAACAAACUUUCAGGAUCGAUCGUUAGAGCGUUGGAGGCAACGCAACUUAGACCAGUUAGCUUACUUCUAGCAUUUUCAAAGCUUUUGGAUACGGAAAUAAAGACACAAAUAUCCGA